AUGCUGGGCGCGCGGACCUUACGGUGCCGCGGCUUCCUGCUGCCCGGGGCCGGGCCAGUCCUCGCCUUGAGCUACAGGGGUAGCUCCUCCCGGGACAAGGACCGAAGUGUGACGGUCAGUAGUUCGGUGCCUAUGCCUGCUGGAGGGAAGGGGAGCCGGACUAACUGCCCUCAGUCCACGCCCCAGAAGGUCCCCAACCGCCUGAUCAAUGAGAAGUCACCGUACCUCCUGCAACAUGCUUACAACCCUGUGGACUGGUACCCCUGGGGACAGGAAGCCUUCGACAAGGCCAAGAAAGAAAACAAGCCAAUCUUUCUUUCAGUGGGGUACUCCACCUGCCACUGGUGCCACAUGAUGGAAGAGGAGUCCUUCCAGAAUGAGGAGAUUGGCCGCCUGCUCAGUGAGGACUUUGUCAGCGUGAAGGUGGACCGGGAGGAGCGGCCUGACGUGGACAAGGUGUAUAUGACCUUUGUGCAGGCCACCAGCAGUGGCGGGGGCUGGCCCAUGAAUGUGUGGUUGACUCCCAACCUACAGCCCUUUGUGGGGGGCACCUAUUUUCCCCCUGAGGAUGGCUUGACCCGAGUUGGCUUCCGCACGGUGUUGAUGAGGAUACGGGACCAGUGGAAACAGAACAAGAGUACCCUACUAGAAAACAGUCAGCGGGUCACCACCGCUCUGCUGGCUCGGUCGGCAAUCAGUAUGGGUGACCGCCAGCUGCUGCCUUCUGCUGCCACCAUGAACAGCCGCUGCUUCCAGCAACUGGAUGAGGGCUAUGAUGAGGAGUAUGGUGGCUUCGCCGAGGCCCCCAAGUUCCCCACACCAGUGAUCCUGAGUUUCCUGUUCUCCUACUGGCUCAGCCACCGGCUAACCCAGGACGGUUCUCGGGCCCAGCAGAUGGCCUUGCAUACCCUGAAGAUGAUGGCCAACGGGGGUAUCCGAGACCACGUGGGGCAGGGCUUCCACCGCUACUCCACGGACCGCCAGUGGCACGUCCCCCACUUUGAGAAGAUGCUGUAUGACCAGGCACAGCUCACGGUGGCCUAUUCACAAGCCUUCCAGAUCUCUGGUGACGAGUUCUACUCCGAAGUGGCCAAAGGUAUCCUGCAGUACGUCGCUCGGAACCUGAGUCACCGGUCUGGAGGCUUCUGUAGUGCAGAGGACGCAGACUCCCCCCCGGAGCGGGGCAUGCGGCCCAAAGAGGGCGCCUUCUAUGUGUGGACUGUCAAGGAGGUCCAGCAACUCCUCCCUGAGCCUGUGCCAGGUGCCACCGAGCCUCUGACCUCAGGCCAGCUCCUCAUGAAGCACUAUGGGCUCACGGAGACUGGCAACAUCAGCCCCAGUCAGGACCCCAAGGGGGAGCUGCAGGGCCAGAACGUGCUGACCGUCCGGUAUUCGCUGGAGCUGACCGCCGCCCGCUUUGGCCUGGAUGUGGAGGCCGUACGAACCCUACUCAAUUCAGGUCUCGAGAAGCUCUUCCAGGCCCGGAAACAUCGGCCGAAGCCGCACUUGGACAGCAAGAUGCUGGCUGCCUGGAACGGACUGAUGGUGUCUGGCUUUGCUGUGACUGGGGCUGUUCUGGGCCAGGAGAGGGUGAUCAACUAUGCCAUCAAUGGUGCCAAGUUCCUGAAGCGGCACAUGUUUGAUGUGGCCAGUGGCCGCCUAAUGCGGACCUGCUAUGCAGGCGCUGGUGGGACUGUGGAACACAGCAACCCGCCCUGCUGGGGCUUCCUGGAGGACUAUGCCUUCGUGGUGAGGGGCCUACUGGACUUGUACGAGGCCUCACAGGAGAGUGCAUGGCUCGAGUGGGCUCUGCGGCUGCAGGACACACAGGACAGGCUCUUCUGGGACUCCCGGGGCGGCGGCUACUUCUGCAGUGAGGCUGAGCUGGGGGAUGGCCUGCCGCUGCGUCUGAAGGACGACCAGGAUGGCGCAGAGCCCAGUGCCAACUCUGUGUCGGCCCACAACCUGCUUCGGCUGCAUGGUUUCACGGGCCACAAGGACUGGAUGGACAAGUGUGUGUGCCUAUUGACCGCCUUCUCCGAGCGCAUGCGCCGUGUCCCCGUGGCAUUGCCUGAGAUGGUCCGUGCCCUCUCAGCCCACCAGCAGACCCUCAAGCAGAUUGUGAUCUGUGGAGACCCCCAGGCCAAGGAUACCAAGGCUCUGUUGCAGUGUGUCCACUCCAUCUACAUCCCUAACAAGGUGCUGAUUCUGGCUGAUGGGGACCCCUCGAGCUUCCUGUCCCGCCAGCUGCCCUUCCUGAAUACCCUUCAGCGGCUAGAAGACCGGGCCACUGCCUAUGUGUGUGAGAAUCAGGCCUGCUCGAUGCCCAUCACCGAGCCCUGCGAACUACGGAAACUGCUCCAUCAGUGA